UUCGAGCCAUGCCUAAACCAAAAGUAAUUAAAGUCUUAAUUUUUGCCAAAUUAAAUUCCACACUGUCCAUCGUCUCCUCGGUCUCGGUGAUGAAUCGAUUAUAAUAAACCUCUCGAGGCCAAUCGCUUUAGCUUCCAUCUCCUGUCGAUUGCAGAAUCACAGAGCUUGAAGAUGUUAUCAGACCUCAUCACCAAACUGCUCCUGGUGUUCUUUGGAUAUGCUUAUCCCGCUUUUGAAUGCUUCAAGGCGGUGGAGAACCACCCUUACAACAACCAGCAGCUUCGCUUCUGGUGCCACUACUGGAUCAUCGUGACGGCGAUCACCGUCGUCGAAAGGUUCGGCUACUUCUCAUCGUGGCUGCCGAUGUAUGGAGAAGCAAAGCUGGCCUUCUUGGUCUACCUCUGGUUCCCCAAAACCAAGGGCUCUGAUGUGGUGUACGAGGUAUUUCUGCGGCCGUUGGUGAUGCAGUACGAGCCUGACAUGGAAGAGAGGUUUCGCAAUCUGAGAGCUAAAUCUGGAGAGCUUCUGCAGUUCUACCUGCAAAAUUUCACGGAGAAGGGCCAUGUUUUGUUCUUGGAUUGCUUGCGUCAUAUGGUCUCCACCAGGCCAUUAGCCCCGAGAACAGAGACAGAGGGGAUUCUGCAGCAGAGUGCUGAUGCGGUGAGAAACCCAGCCAUUCUUUUCAAGUUGAGGCUCACUGCUGAGGAAGUGGAGGAGGAUGCCGUUGUGGCUGAAUCGCUGAAAUGGCGACGACGGUUCCUUUGAUUGGUACUUUAAUUAGCAUGUUUCUUGGUUCGAUGGAUUCCAGAGUUUGUAGAUAUGGAGUGAUCGAUGGAUCACUAAUCUAAUCUAUGUUCUAUUUAGUCUA